AUGGCGCACAGCCUCACCGGCGGCGCCAGCCCCUUCCGCUGCUACCCUCACCCGCCCUGCUGCGCCGCCGGACGAGCUACCCCGACCGCUCCCCCUUCCACCCGCCGCCGUGUGGCCGCCUCGGCCUCCCCUCCGUCGCCCCCGCCGGCCAUCGAGGGCCGCGGGGUGGGAUUUUCGGUGACGACGAGGCGGGGGGUGGUGCUGCCGGUUCUCAAGGACUGCUCACUGUGCGUCCCGCCGGGGCAGCUCUGGAUGCUCCUCGGCCCCAACGGCUGCGGCAAGUCCACCCUCCUCAAGGUUUUGGCAGGUUUUCAAAAUCCAUCUGCUGGUACAGUGCAUAUUAAUAGGCCAUUCAGCUAUGUCUUCCAAAAUCCUGAUCACCAGGUUGUGAUGCCCACGGUAGAAUCCGAUGUUGCAUUUGGUCUUGGUAAGCUCAAUCUUUCAUUGGAUGAGGUUAGGUCAAGAGUGUCACAAUCUCUGGAUGCAGUUGGAAUGUUGAGCUACUCUCAAAGGCCAAUCCAAACUCUGAGUGGUGGGCAGAAACAGAGAGUUGCCAUUGCUGGUGCUUUAGCUGAAGCAUCCAAAGUACUACUGCUGGAUGAGCUGACCACAUUCUUGGACGAAUAUGAUCAGAUGGGCGUGGUCAAGGCGGUGAGGAACUCUGUAACUGCUAGUGGGGAGGUUGCGGCACUGUGGGUGACUCAUCGGCUGGAAGAACUCAGAUACGCAGAUGGCGCUAUUUACAUGGAAGAUGGCCGGACGAUUAUUCAAGGCGACGUCUCCAGUAUAUCCAGAUUUAUAAAGAGGAAACAAGCACGCUAUUUUGGUCAUUUUGAGCUCUGA